AUGAAGAAGUCACCGGUAUCAAGUGUGCCUCUUUAUUCAUUUUCCUAUCGUCAGUCUUCUGUGAUGUGCUAUUGUCAGUCUUCUGUGAUGUGCUAUCGUCAUUCUUCUGUGAUGUGCUAUCGUCAUUCUUCUGUGAUGUGCUAUCGUCAUUUUUCUGUGAUGUGCUAUCGUCAUUCUUCUGUGAUGUGCUAUCGUCAGUCUUCUGUGAUGUGCUAUCGUCAUUCUUCUGUGAUGUGCUAUGGUCAUUCUUCCUUGAUGUGCCAUUGUCAUUAUUCUUUGAUGUAA